CUCCUUACUUAUUCUUAUUUUAUCAAAGGGUAGACGGGAAUUAGGGCCUCGUUGCCAAUAUCCCAUUCCCCAGUGGCUGUCUUUCUCUGAACUAAUUAAAUCCUGUGCCCUAAAGGUCCUCUCCCAGCGGGAUAACUAUGGAGUACUUCGAUUUCGACGAGGCUUCGUAUGAUUCACAGUCAGUUGUACGUGAAGAUGACGUCGCCUCGGACAGAUUCGAGAUUGAUGAGGGAGAUGCCAUUGCGAACGGCGACGCCGUCGUGCAUCAUGAUGAACUACUAGAUUUCUCCAACGAGCCACCAAACCAGGGUCUUGGAGAAGAGCAGGUGGUUGAUGUUCCCAAUUCUCUCCUGGAUAAUGGUGUCUACCCGAUGAGGCGUGCUCGGGAGCCCUGCGAUUUCUGCAGACAUAUGAACCUGGACUGCUUCGUUGCGAAGAGUGGAGUGAUGCUCCAAAAUGGCUGUACUUGUUGCAUCUCCCUCUGGCGCGAAUGCAGCUUCACCAAGCAGGUCGAGGCUCCCGGCCGGUUCCUGGAUACCUUACAUCCGAUUGCCGAGAAUAUCGAUAAUACCACGGGUGGUCUAACAGGGAAGAAGGCGCUUAAGUCCCAUACGUACAUCGCCGAGGAUGCGGACGGUCAGUCCAGGAAGAGCAAUUCCCGCUUGUCGCGCGAAGCGGUCCGCAUCCUCAAGACAUGGCUGCUGGACCAUAGCGCAUACCCUUACCCCACUGAUCAAGAGAAGGACGAGCUGAAGCAGCGCACGGGGUUGAAACGUACCCAGAUCUGCAAUUGGCUUGCCAACGCUCGGCGACGCGGUACAGUUCGAGCUCCUCGGCGCAGCAGCUCUCCGGCGCCCGGAGCGGUGGACAUCCCCGGACAACAGCAGCGUCGAGACGUUGCAACCAUGACGCCCCUGGAACGUUGGAAGCACUCGCCCCCCGAAAACGAACCCGCUGCCACAUCCGAUAUUAUUCGAGCUUUGAACAACACCUCCCUCGAUCCCGAGCGGCCGCGCUCGUUCCAUCCAGGUCACGUGCGUUCCUAUUCACGGAAGACUGGGUCCAGCAAUGACUCAAGCCAUGACAACUCCAAUUUGUUUAAUGCCCCAUCAGUCAGCAGUCAUGAAACCAGUCAAUCGGCCAGUCGCUCUUCCUUAUCUGAUCUCUCCUUUGCGUCUGCCUUCUCACACCGUUCCUCAUUGGGGUCGUUUGGUUCGAUGGAACGGAAGGAACGGCGUCGUCGUCGGAAGCCCUCACUGCCCGUCAACUCCUUCAAUCAACAGAAGAGUCGCAACGCCCGUAUAUUUCAAUGUACCUUCUGCACAGAUACCUUCCAGACCAAGUAUGAUUGGCAACGUCAUGAGAAGUCGCUUCACUUAGCACUGGAGAAGUGGACCUGCUCGCCAAUUGGGGGAGUCGCCUAUAUCGGCGGUGCCAACCGCUGUGUAUUCUGUCUCGUCAUUGACCCAGACAUAGACCACCUAGAGUCACACAACUAUAGUGCUUGCCAAGAGAAAACAUCGGCCGAACGUUCUUUCUAUCGGAAGGAUCACCUGAAUCAGCAUCUCCGGCUCAUGCACAAUGUCAAGUUCCUCCCGUCUAUGGAUGCAUGGCGGAGUAGCAUCACUGACUUGAAAUCGCGUUGUGGAUUCUGCGGGAUUAGUCUAUCGACAUGGAAGGACCGAGUCGAUCAUCUGGCCUCCCACUUCAAGAAUGGCAGCAACAUGACGCAAUGGCGAGGGGAUUGGGGCUUCGAGCCCUUCAUCCUAGGUCUCGUUGAAAACGCCAUGCCACCUUACCUCAUUGGUCACGACCAGAAGACCCUCAAUCCGUUCAAGGCUUCUUCUGCAGCAGACAAAGGGCCUGGACUGGUCGUGGCGGAAGAUGCCAACUGCUUCAAUCGACUGAAGCGGGAGCUCACUGAUUUCAUACACAACAAAGUGGUUGCAGGCAUUUUGCCCACAGAUCAGAUGAUUCAGGAUGAAGCCCGGAUGAUCAUCUACAACACUGAUGAUCGUUGGCACCAGACCUGUGCCGACAAUCCCGUCUGGCUUAGCUUUCUGAAACGGGAUACUGGCCUCGAGGUGGUUCCCGGCUCGGAUCACAUCCAGCUCUCUGACCUGGGGAUGCAGCCACCAUACGCCGCUACCGAUGGCUUGCGAGAGCCGCCUGUCGAGACCAACUUGUUAGCACGGUCGGCCUGUCGCUCGCAGCAGCCAUUCAGCCCCAUGGCUCCUCCUUCUGGGUUCCACAGCCCGGCGCUUCCUGGAACCGGUCGAUCCUCUAUUCUAGCAAGCGCCCCUGGAAGCUCCAUCGGUAGUUAUGCGGAUAACUCUGGCUUUGUGUCCACUAGACCCCAGUCAGGUCUGUCAUCUGAUUGGGGCAGUAGUGUUUCUGCUGGAGCGACUUCGUUUUCCACGCCGUUGAGCGCUUCAGUCGAUCCUUUCGUGCAGAUGGGUUUCGAUCCAGAAUUUCUUCAACAGUUGAAUUCUCGGUAUGAUGAGAUGCCUUUGGAUGGGCUGCAGGAUUUGGGCUUUGGGGGCGAUGGUGCAACCCACAGCAACUUCAUAUCUCAUGAACCCGAGCCACAGGUGGCAGUGUCCAUGGAGCCGCCGCUAGGCUCGUCGAAGGUUGCGACUGCGCCCAUUCCUAUUCCUAGUCCGAAACAAAACGAGGUGUACAUGCAUGAUGCAGGUCCUGAUACUGAGCACAGUAUAGCACAGGAUUUUUAUUUCCCUGGAAGGAGUGUCUGAAUGGCGGGGGGUAUGACAAAAGUCUCGGAUUCUGUUUAUAGUUACUCAUAUUCUCGUCUUGUGAGCGUUGAGGUCUUUCAGCUGAGAAUUUCGCCUCGUUUUAUGAUUGCCCAAAAGCUAAAGGAGGCGAUGUAUAGUGUUCAUAUAAUAGUGUGAU